ACGAAGAAGAAGAAAAACGUAAACAUGGCUGGUGACAGUGACCCUGAGUCAGAGGUGUUUGAGAUCACCGAUUUCACCACCGCAUCAGAGUGGGAGCGUUUUGUGUCUAGAACUGAAGAAGUGCUGAAUGAUUGGAAACUGAUUGGAAACUCUUCAGGAAAACCGUCUCCAGAAAAGGGUGAAUACACCAGUGGGACAUGGGAAGAGAGGUCCCAGGACAUUAACUUCGCUGACUUCAGGUUCUCCAUAACUCACCACUUCCUGCAACAAGAAUAUGUGGAGGACGAAGGAAAAUACAAAACUGAAGAAGAUGCCUUCCCCUUGGCCAUGGAGGACCUGUUGUGCAUGAACAAUGACUUCCCUCCCCGUGCGCACUGCCUGGUCAGAUGGUAUGGCUUUCGAGAGUUUUUGGUCAUCUCGCCUGGAGCCAACUGUGAGGCCAUCAUCAGCGAAUCCAAGUGCAAUCUCCUUCUCAGCUCUAUUUCCAUUUCCCUGGCCAACAGUGGCUGCCAGGUGCCCAUGUUUGUGCAGAUCCAGCAGAGGUGGAGGAGGAUGUUCGCUGGGGAGUGCCAGGGACCAGGGGUACGCACAGACUUUGAGAUGGUUCACCUCCGGAAGGUGCCCAGCCAGUACAACCACUUGUCUGGUCUUCUUGACAUCUUCAAAUCUAAGAUGGGUUGCACUCUGUCCCCAUUACCUCCAAUCAACAUUGCCAUCCGUUUUACAUACGUCCUCCAGGACUGGCAGCAGUAUUCAUGGCCACAGCAGCCUCCAGAUUUCGACACAAUCUUUGGAGGUGAAGUAGGAGGGGUGGAGUUUGGGAAGCUUCCAUUUGGAGCCUGUGAAGAACCAAUCAGUGAACUUCACCUGGCCACCACAUGGCCUCACCUAACAGAGGGAAUAGUUGUGGAUAACGACGUCUACAGUGACCUCGAUCCUCUCCAGGCUCCUCACUGGUCCGUCAGGGUUCGGGCAGUUGAAAAUCCUCAGUGUUUACUGGGAGACUUUCUGAUGGAGUUCUUCAAACUCUGCUGUACUAAAGAAUCCACCGAAGAUAUUUUGGGAAGAGGACUAACGGACGAAGAGGGGAAAGACACUGGCGAUAUUAGCUCUGCUUUGUCCAAGUUGACAGAACCAGCAGCAGCCGCCCCCAUAUCUAAACUGUCUGUCUCCAACAUGGUCCAUAACGCCCGAAAGCACAUUCGACGGCACAGGCACAUUGAUGAGUCACCACUGAACACCGAUGUACUCAAUUCCAUCCUUCUGUAUCUUUUUCCAGAUGCUGCAGUGGAGAAGUCAUCAGAGAAUCCCAGGAAUAAAGUUCCACAGUCCAGUACAGGUGACAAGACCAAUCAAGAAAAAGACUCAGACUAUAAUCUGUAUAUCCAGUUAAAGUCGGCGCCCAGUGACAGUCUGACCUACCGGCUGGCGCUGUGUAUGAGUCUGGUCAACUUUUACCACGGUGGGCUGCGGGCUGUUGCACACCUCUGGCAGGAAUUUGUCCUGGAGUUGCGUUACCGAUGGGAAAACAACUACCUCAUCUAUGGAUUGCCUGCUGGGCCUCCUGAUCUACGGUGUUGUCUUUUGUUCCAGAAACUUCAGAUGUUGAACUGUUGUAUUGAAAGGAAGCGGGCGAGGGAUGAAGCUCAGAAGAUGAAGGAUGGAGGGAAAGAAUCCACCAGAGCUUCAACCGCCUCCACUUCUACAAGGGAAGUGUCUCCAGGGAAAUCAUGGGACUCAUGGAGUGACAGCGAUGACGAGUUCUUUGAGUGUCUGAGUGACCAGGGGGAGAUGGAUGGUUCCCACACUGAAGGAGAAAAGAACGGCAGCAAAACUAAACCAGACGGCCGGCUCCAUCCCUCUAACAACAUGACUCUACUCAACUCCACAGAGCCGCUGUACAUUCCGAUCACACAGGAGCCUGCUCCCAUGACAGAGGAUUUGUUAGAGGAGCAGUCGGAGGUCCUGGCCAAACUGGGCACAUCAGCUGAAGGCGCCCACCUCCGCGCCCGCAUGCAGAGCGCCUGUCUGCUAUCUGACAUGGAGUCCUUUAAGGCAGCAAAUCCAGGCUGUGUUCUGGAGGACUUUGUGCGCUGGUAUUCACCCAGGGACUACGUGGAGGAGGAAGUGGUGGAUGAGAAAGGGAACGUAGUGGUGACCGGUGAGCUUAGUGCCAGGAUGAAGAUCCCUGGAAACAUGUGGGUAGAAGCUUGGGAAACAACCAGAGCUAUACCUGCCCGGCGCCAGAGGAGGCUGUUUGAUGACACCAAAGAGGCUGAAAAGGUUCUCCACUAUUUGGCAGUGCAAAAACCUGCAGAUUUUACACUCCAUCUCCUUCCCUGCUUACUUCAUGCAGCUAUUCUGAAGUUGAAAGAGGAGGAGUCCUUCGAAGAUAUUCCAUCAGUCAAGAAGGUCAUCCAGCAAACUCUGUCUCAGGCCAGCAAAUUAUUGCACCACCCCAACCAUGACUACAAGACGUUAGAGGAGUUCAUAAACCAGCUGAUGACCAUUGAGACAGUCAUUACUCAAGCUCGCUCACUGAAGGCCAAGUUCGGUAUUGGUGAGGGAGACAACUGGAAUGAGACCGAAGAGCUGAAGACGUUUGUGAGCACCCUGCUGGAGGAACCAGAAGUAACGGUGCUUGGAGCCGGUCAGGGUCCAGCUGGCAGUAUUAUCCACAGGCUGUUUGUGAACUCUCAAAGGCUGGCAGACUUCACGAGUGAUGAGUCUGCCCUCCUGUCCCCACUAGAUGAAGACUUAGCCCAUGCAGUCAAAUCAGAGGACAGAAGUCAGAGCGGAGGAAGCAGCAGCAUGUCCGCCUUCCCGUCUCCAGCGGGUCGGGAGUUUUUGUUACGUACGUGCGUCCCUCAGCCGGCGCCGUACUCCAAAGCUCUGCCUCAGAGACUCUUCUGUGUUCUGAUGAAGGAGGAGUUCAGGCUGGCGGGGGCCUUCUCCUCAGACACCUCCUUCUUUUAGGAUUCACCUUUUAUUUCACAGUUUUUGACCUGAAACACUGAUGUCAGCUGUAAAUGCUGAUGACACUUUACACCUUUGGGAGUAAACGCGUUUCAUUUCAAAACAAAAUUAACACUUAAAUGUAUUUUAUUUUUUCUGUGGGUGUUGGAGCUAAUGUCUUAUAGAAAAAUAAUAAAGUCCGUUUAAGAUCUGA